CAAUGUGCUUUUCCCUUCUGUCUUGACCUUGGCUUGCAUGUGGCUUCCGCUUCUCUUCCCCCACUCUUCCCUGCCUGCCACCCACCCGGCUACCUCAGUCGUCAGUGGAAGGACGUCACAGACAGAUUGCUGCUGUGCAUGUUGCUGCUUUUUACCGGCAAGCUGAGCAUUUCAUAACACUCCUUUUGUUCUGCAUUUUUCCAGAAGGAGUCUGGCCAUCCCAAAGUGAGGAAGUCCGUGUGCCUUGCAGCCAUGUCAGGGGAAGCAUCUCUGACUCCUGAGCAGGUCAAUGGCAACACUUGCAGCCAGGGAAGCAAACCUUCAAAUCUACGAGUCUCAGAGAAGAAAUGCUCAUGGGCCUCUUAUAUGACCAACUCCCCUACUCUGAUUGUAAUGAUUGGCCUUCCUGCAAGGGGCAAGACCUAUGUGUCCAAAAAAUUAACACGCUACCUCAACUGGAUUGGCGUACCUACCAAAGUGUUUAAUUUAGGUGUGUACCGCCGUGAAGCAGUAAAAUCAUACAAAUCAUAUGAUUUCUUCAGGCAUGAUAACACGGAAGCAAUGAAGAUUCGAAAACAAUGUGCCUUGGUGGCUCUUGACGAUGUGAAAACCUAUCUCAUGGAGGAAUCUGGCCAGAUUGCUGUCUUUGAUGCAACCAACACAACACGAGAGAGGCGGGACAUGAUUUUAAAUUUUGCUAAAGGAAAUUCUUUUAAGGUAUUUUUUGUGGAGUCUGUCUGUGAUGAUCCAGAGGUCAUUGCCGCCAAUAUAUUGGAAGUGAAGGUUUCCAGCCCUGACUACCCAGAGAGAAACCGAGAGAAUGUGAUGGAUGACUUCCUGAAGCGAAUAGAGUGCUACAAAGUUACUUACCAACCUCUUGAUCCAGUUGAUUAUGACAAAGAUCAUUCUUUCAUUAAAGUGAUCAACGUAGGGCAACGCUUUCUUGUCAACCGUGUCCAGGAUUACAUCCAAAGCAAAAUAGUCUAUUACCUCAUGAAUAUUCACGUUCAGCCACGUACCAUCUAUCUUUGUAGACAUGGUGAAAGUGAGUGCAACCUUGUUAGCAAGAUUGGUGGGGAUUCAGGCCUGUCAACAAGAGGAAAGCAGUUUGCUCAAGCACUGAAAAAGUACAUCAAAGAGCAGGAGAUAGUGGAUCUGAAGGUUUGGACUAGCCAACUGAAGAGAACAAUCCAGACAGCAGAGGCUCUGGGGGUACCAUAUGAACAAUGGAAGAUAUUGAAUGAGAUUGAUGCUGGAGUAUGUGAAGAAAUGACAUAUGAAGAGAUUCAAAGAAAAUAUCCAGAAGAAUUUGCACUUCGAGACCAAGACAAAUACCUUUAUCGCUACCCUGGAGGAGAAUCCUAUCAAGACUUGGUCCAGCGCUUGGAACCUGUGAUUAUGGAGCUGGAACGUCAGGGCAAUGUCCUAGUUAUCUCUCACCAGGCAGUUAUGAGAUGCUUACUGGCCUAUUUCCUGGAUAAAAGUGCAGAUGAGCUACCCUACCUGAGGUGCCCACUUCAUACUAUCUUGAAACUCACACCAGUUGCUUAUGGCUGCAAAUUAGAAAUGAUUUCCCUGAAUGUUGAAGCUGUAGAUACACACCGAGACAAGCCAUCCACAAUGAGCAACCUUCCAAAGAGCCAAAACCCUGUAAGGAUGAGAAGGAACAGCUUCACACCAUUAGCCAGUCCGGACACAGUAAAGCGUCCUCGCAAUUACAGUGUUGGGAGCAAGCCUCUCAGUCCAGCAGGGUCGCUGCUGUUCCUGGAGGCUCAAGAUGGGGCUGACCAACAGAAGCUGCAAGAAAGUAUUCAGCUUCAAGUUGGAAGUGCUUGCCUUGAGUUCAAGGUGGCAUUCUGCACUUUUUCAGCGCAGCAACAACCUUAUGAGGAAUGUCAGCUGAAAGAAAAAAACGGCUGGCCUAGCAAUAUAAAACUACACUAUUUGGCUCAUGAAAAAUCAUCACCGAGGCCUCAAACAAUAAAUUACUUUGGACUGGAACCCCCUGCAUUUCAUCAAAAGCUUGUACAUUUGAUGAAGUUAUUGCUGCUGAUCUUUCAAGAGGCUUCAAACAAUGCAGGACUACCUAAUUUUCUGCCAUGUUCUUCAAUAUUGCUAAAAAUGGUAGUUGUAGCAAGCCAUACUGUGAUAAAUGAUAGAAUUUCAGCUGCUGAAAUUAGAGUAAGCUUGCUUUAAACUCUCAAGUUCUAAAAAUGUGCUUGCAGAAAUAAUAGAAACCAUUCUCUCUCAAAACAUAAGGCAUGUUUGUUUCACGCCCAUUUAAAUGUCUUGGCUCUCAGUUAAAUAAGCCGGGGGGGGGGGGGUACAGUUGUCAGAGGACUAUCAGCUGUCCUCCAAAAACCCUUUUGAGGAAAGUCUUUCAAACAGCUUCGUACUAGUAGUCUGUCUGUGAAAAUAUUUUACCAAUCUAGAUUGUAGUGAUGACCUUGCAGAAGAAAUUCUGAGAAUUACUGGGACAGAGCCUAUUGCCUUUUUGUGGCGUUGCCAAUUCAAAGGCAAUUUCCUUUGCCUUUCACUCCUUGCUUUGCAACUUCGCUCCUUAUUUUCAAUUUCUUCUAUUGCAUUGUCAAUACCAUUGAUAUGGCACCAGCUUGCAAUAAGGAAACUGUCCUGAAUAUUCAUAAAUUAGAUGAUAAGCAUGCUUGGCAUUCUUCCCCUUCUUACAUUUAUGUUAUGGAUCAUUUGCAUAAUUGCACAAAGUCCUAGAAGUAUCUAGUCACUCUCCCCUUUUUUGAUGGGACCUUGAUGAACUUCUGAAGGUUUGUUUCAAGGUCAUUCAAUCAUGAAACUCAUUGUCUUCAAUGUUAUUCCAGUGAGCAGCUCUCAGGUACUCAUCUACAUGGGGGAGCAUGCUGACCUUUUAGUUUUUCAAUGCAAAGCCCAAGGAUGAUGGUCGUAAUAAGAUUUGUUGGAACAAAGGCAACAUUAAUUUGGCUCUGCUCCAUUUAUCUUUGUGUCAAACAGAAAAACCAAUGCCCUCUUCAAGCAUUUGAAAGUUAUGUAGUGUGUAUGGAAGGGGGACAGGAAUAAUUGGGCUACAGUAGCCCUCUAUUGUUCUUGCUGCUUGCCACCUGUGGAGAGCAACACCACGCGGAAGUUCUCCACAAGAUUGAGAAUCCUAGGCGGGUUACAGACGGGCAAAAAGGGGUGUAUUCAUGACGUCAUGAAGGUAGAGCCUUCAGACGGGCCUUACCUGAAUGCCGCCAUGAACACGCCCCCCGCACGCCCCAAGCGGGAAGAAGCGGCAUUAAAAAGGUGCUGCUUUUCUCCGCUUCUUUUCCGUUUGAUGCGCAGCUCCGUCUGUAAGCUGCUGCACCGGUACGUCAGAAUUGCCCCGCCGCAAAUAUAAGUUGCCCGUUUAAAAGCUCCGUGUCAGCUGCGUCGC